AUGUCUGGCAUCAGCCGCGAAGCGCUGGAGGAACGGCUUCGGCUGCUCAUCCGUGAGCAUCCACGCGACACUGGGCCACAGCUGCUGUGGCACCUGGAGCGCCAGGGCUUUCGACUGGAUCCGUCCCAGGAUGCCGCCCAUGUUCGCAGUCUUGCGCGGAAGAUAAAGGGCCCUUUGCCGGAUCCCGCUGCUGGGCUCAAUGGUGCCUUCGACCACCUUGUCAAGAUGAAGGCUGCGACCACAGGGCGGCCGGAUUUGGUGUCGAUGACGAUGUCAAUGGGCGGGGGCCCAAAAUGGCCAAGUGGCAGCAUGCGCGGGCGCAAGCAAAAAUCUACAGAUGGGAUCGCUGACUGGCCAGAUUACUUCCUAGAUGAGUUCGCAGAUGUUCACGGGAAGAAUCUCGAGUGGUUUGCAGAAGAGAAGAAGAAGGCAGUGCCGAGUUCAAAGGGGAAGUCACAGAGAGAGCGCAAUGAGCGCCGCAAGGCAAAGCAACGUGCAAGUGCUUCGACUGAAGUGGGAGGCCAGGCGUCCGCUGAGCCUGCAGCACCGGAACCCACGCACAAUGAUGAGCUUUACAUUUGGCUGAUCGAUGCCUAUCGGAUGCGCUGUCAUGAUGAUUUACAGUGGCGAGGCGGCAUCCGCCGCGGCAUCUACGAGCAGAUGACCCGAGUCGAGAACCGUUUGCACCCGUUGGACGAAACGGGAGUGGUUUCGAAGAAGACACUGUCCGAUUUGGAGCAUCUUGAUGUGAAUGGCGUCCAGUUUGUUGUUGAGCGAGAGGCGGAUGCUGCGACCGCCUUCCCUACACCCUUGUCAGUUGCACAAGACUUUUUCCUUUACUGCAAGCUUGUCGAGCAACGAGAGAAAUAUCCGCCGGAGUUUGACUUUGAAAGGUUUCGCUGGCCAGGAAGCUGCUCCCAAAGCGAUUCCAAAAGACGCCAAGUUCAAGUACGGCGAUGA